UUCGUUCUAAGCAAAUAAAGCAGUAGUGGUGGUACUGGUAACCAUCUUCAUCUCCCUCAACUCUCAACCGCUUUGGGCGAGCGCAUCAGAUACUUUUACAUAUACGUAAUUCAAACUGUACAUAUAAAUACAAAGCUGUUGCAUGUGAGAAUAUCAAUCAGAGAAAUGGGGUUAUGUUUCUCACGGAGUAGUAGUACUACUCCAGGCCCCGUGAAGAAACGGCAAUAUUCCAAACGUUCAUCAAAUCAAUCAACACCGUCCGUUAAUAACGGGAGUAACAGGUGGUCUAGGAAUAAUCGAUCGUCAAAAAGAGACGAUUGCGCUAUCGCCGCCGCUAUUCUGUUACAGAACGGCGUUGGUGCUGGUGUUAACGUUCCGUUUGAUCGUUCAAGUUCGCUUAGAUAUCCGAAUUCGAAGAAGAAUCAACCGUUGCCGCGUUCGUCUAGCUCUAGAGCGCGCUCUCUUACUGAUCCUCUUCUUCAGCCUCAUCAGCUUCUCAAUCAGGAAGUAAAGGUUGAUGAUUUAGAGACGAACCAUUUUGUCCUUGUUCAUGGUGGUGGUUUUGGGGCCUGGUGUUGGUAUAAAACCAUUGCACUUUUAGAAGAUGCUGGGUUCAAAGUUACUGCGGUUGAUUUAACUGGUUCAGGCAUUCAUUCUUUUGACACGAAUAGCAUUGCCAGCCUAUUGCAAUAUGUACAGCCGCUCACUGAUUUGCUUGAAAAGCUUGCUGAUGGAGAGAAGGUGAUUUUGGUGGGACAUGAUUUUGGCGGUGCAUGUAUAUCUUUUGCGAUGGAGCUAUAUUCCUGUAAGGUUGCGAAAGCUGUGUUUGUUGCUGCUGCAAUGCUCACUAGUGGACAAAGCGCCCUUGAUAUUUUCUCACAAAAGUCAUUGCAGACAGAUUCAAAUGACCUUAUGAGACAGUGUCAAAUAUUUGUUUAUGCCAAUGGGAACGACAAACCUCCAACCGCUAUUGAUUUGGACAAGUCACUCCUCAGGGACUUGUUAUUCAACCAUAGUCCUGCUAAGGAUGUUGCAUUAGCAUCUGUCUCAAUGAGGCCAAUUCCCUUUUCCCCAGUUUUGGAGAAGCUUUGUCUAUCUGACUCCAAGUAUGGUUCUGUUAGGCGGUUUUAUAUAGAAACAGCAGAAGAUAAUGCAAUACCAAUAGCCUUACAGCAAAACAUGAUUAGCAAUAAUCCUCCAGAACGAGUAUUUCAUCUUAAGGGUGCUGAUCACUCGCCUUUUUUCUCCAAGCCUCAAGCCCUACAUAGGAUAUUGGUAGAGGUCUCCAGGAUUCCAUCAACUUGAAGUUGUUUUGCUGAAUUCCUUAUUAGAAGCAUUCGUAAAAUCACAUCGACAUGUUCCAGGCACAAAUGUAGCGAAGUUAUUGCUGUCUAAGUUAACCACAUGUGGAAUGUCCAAAGUAGCUAUUCGUGUACAUGCUCAGUUAUGUAACUACUUUGUUUCAUUAACAUUAUUUGUGAUGAGAAUUUCCUUGUGGAAGUGACACUCAGGAUUAGCAAUGUUUGAAGAUUUGACUGUAAUAAGGAAAUAUAAUAGAAAUAAACAUAUUCUUUUUAA